UAUGGCCUUAGUGAUUAAUGGUCUUUGUGCGCGAUUUAUGAAUACAAUUAUCGUACUUCUCUAAAACAAGAGUGUCAUUCCCUCAAUAUUUGUUAAUUUUAUUAUGAUUACAAAAAAAUAAUAAAUAAAAACUUACAUGUAGUUGAAUAUAAUUGUCCAUAAUUAAUGUAAUUUCAGAUUGGGCCGUGAGACCAAUCUUCCAGACCACGAAAAAAAAGAAAAAAGAAAGAAAGGGAAAACCAGUAUUCCACUCAUUGGUCAUUACCAUACAAAAGAAAGAAUCAAUAAAGUUACCACUUGCAAGUUGCCACCAAACACACAAAAAUUAUUCUGAAAAAAAAGGAUUUAACAGUAACGUGUAAAACCAGAAAGAAAAAAAAUAAAAAUAAAACGCCAACCUGGAAGACCUAAAAAAACCAUAAUUCACCCGCACGCACGGCCCUUGUUUUAAAUUAUUCUCAAAUCCUCCACUUUCCCUGUGUCUCUAUCCUUCUUCCCACUCUCACUUUCCAAUCUCAUUGUUGUUCUUUGUUGUACACAAAUCUUACUACAAAACCAAAACCCAUGUGAAAAACAAAACCCUAAAAAAGAAAGAAAAAAGAAGGAACAGAGGGAAACUUGUAAUCUCUGCCUGUUUUUUUUUUUUCCUUCUUCACUUUGUUUGUUCUUUCACAUGAUCUACUUGCAUUCUAUUAAUGUCUCUUUGCAGCUUUUGACAUUCUCUAAGCAGACACUACAGCUCCACACCCUCUUUCCCACUCUUAAACUAUAUCUCACUGUCCUCUGUUCCCUCUCUGUUUUUCUCCCUAUAAAUACUCUGUUUUUGCUCGGUAGAUUUUGUGUUUUCUGCAACCCAAAAAGAAAGAUGUAUGUGAGGGAGAAGUCGCUCAAGGAAGACACAUUUCCAAGGAGAAGAAGAAACCCAUCUUUCUCUUCUUCUCUUCUCGACUCCAUUUACCGCUCGAUCGAUGAAUCGAACGGUGGAGAUGGAGAUCCUGGUUAUGUCAGAGAAUCAACCGUGAUGAAGAAACAGAGCAGUUCUGCUAAGGGAGGCAGCGACAGAACCAAUCUUCGUCGAGCUAUUAUGAUUGAGAAUUGGGUUGAGAAGCAGACUGUUCAAAGCUCCAUGCUCUCGACUUCGGCUUCGAGCUCCUCAGAGUCGAGCUCAGGAGCUGCAUUUUCGUCCUCUGAAACAGAUUCAAGCUACAAGCCAAGAACAAAGCCGAAGCCGGUAGCGGCCUCUGCUCACUCCGAGAAGUACAUGCAAUUUCAGGAGAAGCCAAAGCAUGAGAAUGGCGGAGGUGGUGGGUUUACAAAGACUAAGCUCAGGGCUUUGAAAAUCUAUGGCGAGUUGAAGAAGGUGAAGCAACCCAUUUCUCCGGGAGGUCGAAUUGCCAGCUUCAUCAACUCAAUUUUCAAUUCUGGGAACGUCAAGAAGGCCAAGAUGUGUUACGUUGGAGCUGUGGAGGAUGUGACGACCUCAGAACAUGUUUCAAAGUCUGUUUCUUGCUCUUCUUCGUCUGCUUCCACUUUCUCAAGGUCUUGCUUGAGCAAGCCAUCUUCAAGAGCCAAAAAACUAAGCAAUGGCACCAAAAGGUCUGUGAGAUUUUACCCAGUGAGUGUGAUUCUUGGUGAGGAGGAUUCCCAACCUUCAAGCCACCACAAAUGUGUUUAUGAAGAAGACCCAAGUUUAAUGCCAAAACCCUCGUAUCAAAAAUUUGCAAGAGCUACUUUGUUGAAGGAAGACUUGACCACAGUAGGUCAAAAUUUUGCUAGAGGGUUUUGUGAUGAUGGUGAUGAUGAAGAAAGUGAUCAUGAUGCUGAGAGCUAUUCAAGUUCUGAUCUUUUUGAGCUUGAUCACCCAGUUGGGAUUGGAAGGUACAGGGAAGAACUUCCAGUGUAUGAAACUACUAAUUUCAGAACUAAUCAAGCCAUUGCCCAAGGCUUGAUUUUGUAAUUUUCUUAAUUUUUUUUUUUUAUCAGUCAACAAAAAAUUAUGAGCAAAGUGUCUUCAAGAAGUGAUUGUUUGUGUUAUCUGUUAAUCUCUAAAGUUAAGUGUUUUUUUUAGUUUUUUAUCUGUAAGUAAAGAAAAGACUAGUUUGACAGCAAUGGAAGAAUUAUUAGACAA